UGCGAUGGCAGGGAGGGGAAGCAGUGAAGGAGGGGAGGGAGGAAGGGAAGAAGGUGAAGGAAGGUGAGCGGAGAGCUUCAGAGGCAGGCAGAACAGACUGAAAGUCAGGGUGGGAGAGAAGAAUAGGGGAAUUCAGUGAAGACAGCGGCAGCAGGAGACAUGAAGGGGAGCUUCGUAAAGAGGAGCAAAGACUGCCAGACAGUGUCUGCUGGGUUUCGAUCUGCUCGUCCACUUUCUGCCCGUGAGCCGUUUGCCAACCAUACGAGGACGGAGCAUCUCCGACCCUUGUCUGCUCGAGCUGGAGGUGGCAACUCAGCUGGAGGUGGCAACUCAGCAUUCUGUGUCGUGGGGAUGUCGAAGGAGGCAGCAGAGAUGAAGGUGGCGGUGUCAGAUCUCAGCAGGAAGAAGCCUGUCAGGCCUACGUCUGCAUACAUGUACAGAAAGACUGAUGCGCUAGGAAGGAAUGGUCUUGAAGCUGGGCAAGAAGCAGACGGUCUCGAUGUAGGAUCUUCUCUUCAAGACUACCAAGUGAUCGCCAAGCUCGGUCAAGGUGGAAGCGCGAAUGUCUUCCUGGCGAAGCUGCGGCAUGAUCAAUCGCCUCGUGUAUUGAAAAGGAUCGUCCUCGGAAGUAAAUCUCCUGCUCCUUCGAGCGAGCGUUUCAGGCUUGAUAGCGCAAUCGCCAAGGCCGAGCGGGACAACGUGAUGCGGGAGAUCAAGCUGAUGUCGCGCUUACGCAGCGCUCACUUCGUCCGGUACUACACGAGCUUCAUGCAGAAGGAGGAGGGGAAACAUCCCUGCAUCUUCAUCGUGAUGGAGCAUGCGGAGAAAGGCUCUGUCUCCUCUCUCAUCGCCGACGUGAAGUCUCGGGGGCUGUUCUUCGACGAGCAGAUGAUCUGGAAAUGUCUCUUGCAAGUUGGGUCAGGCUUGUGCUCUCUGCAUGACUUGAGGGUCAUCCACCGAGACAUCAAACCCGCCAACAUCCUCGUAACCGCCGAUGACAACUUCAAGAUCGCGGACCUUGGAAUAGCCGUCGACACAUCCCUGGCUAACGUGCAGGGCCGAAUGAGGACAGGAAGGCGAGUUGACGUUUCGAACGAUUUGACCGCUCGCUCCCUCGUUGUUUCUCCUCGCUUCUCUCAAACUUUAGUUCUCUUACAUUCACACCGUUCGUCGUGCAGAUGUGGCACAGUUGCCUACAUGGCGCCGGAGGUUUCCAACGAUUCCCCUUACGAUGCAAGAGCAGGCACUCAGAUCGAUACCAUAACUCGAGUAGAGAACGGCAUCAGCCUUGAAGAGAUCGAGACGAGGGCCGCAACCCUUCAUCUCCCCCAGAGAUAUUCAGACAAGCUGAACAAUCAUGUUAUGUGGUGUUUUGCCGUCAAUCCCUCCGAGAGGCCGACGUCAAGAGAUCUGAUCAUGACGAGUGAUUGCCUCGCUAAGUCUCUGGAGCUUCGUGUCCCUCUACCGGACUCUUCCCGUGUCGUUUAUCUUCCUCGUGACCCUCAGACCUCCCGCGCCUCUCGUCCUGCCUCCGCUCCUCUCCUUCGCGGAAAACUCAAGCCUCCCCUCCCCUCGUCCUCUGCGCUCGUUCUAAAUCCUCGUCGUCCUCCUGCUGCUCCUGCUGCUCCUCUCACGUCUGCCGCUGCUGCUGUAGACGUCGAAUCGUCUUCCUCCGACAACUUGAGUGAAAUCUCCAACAUCUCGCCGAUCCGAGUAGCAGAUGGAGAAGUUGCGAGACACUUUAUAGCAGAGGAAGAUGACAAGAAGGAGCAGGAGGGCGUGAAGUCGCCUUUCUCAGAAGCAGAUGAACUCGAGGAGAACGACAGAAAUUCGCGUCAUGAACAGCUAGUGCAAGUGACAGGCAUUUCGGUAAAAGUAAGAAAUGACCUGAAUAUCUUCACAUAUGAGAACGGUUCGCCAAUAAAUGGAGGCGGAAAUAAUGGAUCCAAUGUUCAGAUGAAGCAGAGAGAGAAAGCGGUGAUAGAGAAUGAAAGAAGGCUAAUCCAAACCAUCAAGAAAAUCAUAGAGAAAGCAGAAGCACGUGGAAAGAGGACGACAUUGCAAACUCUGGAGAACAUCUACCUGUCGCAGGUCGGCAUUCCUCUCUCUAAGAGUUUGAAGGGAGUAGGGAGAUUCGAUCAUUCAGAGAGUCUGAGAGAUUUUGUGGCCAAACAGUCCCAGCAUUUCAUACUUGAUGAUGAUGAUUCAGUGAGCUUGAAAACUUCGAUGAGUAUCCGCACAGGAGAGAGCCGCGCAGCAGCUAGCAGCAGGAUCUUAUCAUCCAUGAUGAAAUAACCAGAUAAUUUGUGUGUAUAUCGGUAACUCCAGGAAGACGAAGGAAAGAAGAGGUCGCACGACUACGAUAACUGGUUGCGAUACGCUUGUAGAAUACAAAGUGUUUUGAAAGAUG